UACUACGGAGACAGAGUAAAAUGGUGGAUCACAAUUAAUGAACCAAUAGAAGUUUCUAAAGGUUACGCMUUUAAAGGCUAUGCCCCAUCCUUGAAUUUAAACAACACUGGGUUUUAUUUAGCAGCUCAUACACUACUUAUUGCACAUGGGAAAGUAUAUAGGUUGUAUGAAGAUAUGUUUAAACCUACACAACAAGGAAAAAUAAGUAUUUCAAUUAGUGGAGUAUUUUUUAUACCAAAAAAUGCUGAAUCAGAUGAUGAUAUUAAUACUGCUGAAAGAGCCAACCAGUUUGAGAGAGGAUUGUUCAGUCAUCCAGUUUACAAGGGAGACUAUCCUCCUAUUAUGAGAAAAUGGGUUGAUACAAAGAGUAAAGAAGAAGGUAUACCUUGGUCAAAAUUACCAACAUUUACAGAAGAUGAAAUAAAAUUAAUUAAAGGUACUGCUGAUUUUUAUGCUCUCAACCAUUAUUCAUCUCGUUUGGUGACUAAUGGAAGUGAUCCAGAUCCUAAUUAUAAUUCUGACGCAGCUUAUGUUACUUCUGUAGAUGAAGCAUGGUUAAAACCAUCUGUAGCACCGUGGCUUAUACCAGUACCCGAUGGAUUAAGACAACUUUUGAUAUGGUUAAAAAAUGAAUAUGGCAAUCCACCUUUGAUUAUUACAGAAAAUGGAUAUGGAGACAAUGGUGAAUUGGAUGAUUUUGAUAGAAUUAACUACAUAAAGGGCUAUUUAAAUGCAACAUUACGAGCAAUACAUGAAAAUAACUGCAAUGUAAUAGGAUUUACCGUAUGGUCACUCUUGGACAAUUUUGAAUGGACGGAUGGUUAUUCAAUUCAUUUUGGACUUGUUAAGGUAGAUUUUAAUGAUCCUCAAAGAACUCGUAUUCCAAAAGCAUCAUAUACCUUUUUCAAGAAUGUGGUAUCCACUGGUCAACUAGUAACACCUUCAACUAAUAAAGAUUAGUARWACGCUUAUGUCUGAAUUAUGAAAAAAUGUAAUUUCAAUUAAAUAAUAUUAUAUUCUUGUUAUGUUUA